AUGGUGCGCAACAUCGUGGUCCUGGGCGGCAGCAAGCAGAUAUGCGACCAUCUCGGCAUCCCCCCAGCAAAGCGGCUGCUGUCCAAGUUUGCGGUCGGUGAGACAAGAGUCGAGGUCGAAGAGUCGGUCCGCGGGAAGGAUGUUUUCAUUGUGCAGAGCGGCGGAGGAGCGGUCAAUGAUAACCUCAUGGAACUUUUGAUCUGCAUCUCUGCCUGCAGAACAGCCUCCGCGAAGCGCAUCACCGCCGUACUCCCGCUCUUUCCGUACUCCCGCCAAAGUGACAUUCCAUACAACAAGACGGGUGCGCCGCUUGCAAAGGCGCCCAAUGCUGGCAACCGCAGCCGAACCGGCACCUACUCCUUCGACAGCGUACCGCAAACUCCACAUCCAGGAAACCCCGGCGUGACCCUCACAAAUGGCACGGCCUCUCUUGACAAGUCACUGGAGCGCCUGAAGAUGUCCGAGGAGCGGCACAGCACACAAGUUAUCACUCCAGGUGCUGGAUUGAAGCGCACCGAUACCCUCGAAACAAAGAAGUCAGAUGGCUCUGAAAAAAGCUACUUCCAGACCAAUGGAGUGAACGGUACACACGGAGCCAACGGUCUUGCAAGAGUUUCCACAAUGCCUCCCCAAUUCCAGCCGCAGCCGGGCUACAAGCAAUGGGUCGCACAAGCCGGCACACUUAUUGCAGACCUCCUUACCUGCGCUGGCGCAGACCACGUCAUUACUAUGGAUCUCCACGAUCCGCAGUACCAGGGCUUCUUCGACAUUCCGGUGGACAACCUUUACGGUCGCCAUCUUCUCCGAAAAUACAUACAGUUCUCUAUCCCGAACUACCAGCAAGCUGUCAUUGUCAGCCCUGAUGCUGGAGGAGCAAAGCGAGCGACGGCGAUUGCGGAUGCGCUAGGCAUGCCAUUCGCGCUUAUCCACAAGGAGCGCCGCCCUACGCAGAUCAGCGAUCGUCAGAAUGCGACCAUGAUGCUGGUCGGUGAGGUUCGUGACCGCACCGCCAUCCUCAUCGAUGACUUAGCAGACACCUCGAAUACUAUCACGCGAGCUGCGAAGCUGCUUAAGAAGGAAGGCGCGACGACGGUGUAUGCGUUAAUCACUCACGGCAUCUUGAGCGGCGACGCCAUUGACCGUAUCAACGCGAGUGCACUGGACAAGGUUGUUGUGACAAACACUGUAGACCAAACCGAACACAAGGCGCGGUGCCCGAAGCUGGAAGUGCUGGAGGUCGGCAACGUCUUUGCUGAGGCAAUACGACGAGUGCAUCAUGGCGAGAGCAUAAGUGUUUUGUUUGACUACCACUGA